UCUCGCCCUUUCCUCGACUCUCAACUGCCUUUCCAAAAUGCAAAUGAAAAAGAUAUAGUACUAAUAUUCAUCUCUAUACUCUCUCUCUAAAGUGCAAAAGGAAAGAUUUGGUGUUUAUCAGUCAACGGAUCCAAGUUAUCCGAAACAAAACUAAUAUGAAUUUUGAUCUCAUCAAAGAUGUCCCAAGCUGAUGUCUCUUACAGGUGCAAAAAAUUCCUUGGAGGGGGUGUGUCUGUGGAUCUUGUGGGUACCCUCUGAACUUAUCCUCUUCUAAUCGCAUUUCUGGCAUAGGUUCUGAGUAUCACAAAUCCAUUAAAAAAGGCUAUAUCUCCUUCCUCUCCAUCGAUCUCAGUCGUUUCACUCAGGUUGAUGAGGUAAACUGUCUUCCUUUUCCUUGGGGUCGAUAUCGUUCCAAAACCAAGCUUCUUUGUCGUAAAUGUGGGGCUCUAAUUGGUUACGGAUGUGGAGACUCACCUGCUCUAUGUGGUUUUGACUCACCCACUUCAUCUCGCUCAGCUUAUAAAAAGUUCAUGAUAAAGAUCCGAACUUUACAACCUUCAGAAGAGUGAUAGAAAUCUGACAUGGAGAAUCCUUCUAGAGACGGUCCUACCUCCAUUAUGUACCUUCCUGAUGAUUGCCUGUAUAUUAUUUUCCAAAAGCUUGACAGUGGCUCUGAUCGCGAAUCAUUUGGUUUGACUUGCCAUCGCUGGCUUCAUAUUCAAAACUCAAGUCGUCGAUCCUUACAGUUCCUAUGUUCGUUUGGCCUACUUAACCAUCCUUCAUUAUCUCAAAGUAGCCACGGCAAUAAUGUCUUCCAGUUUUAUAGUUUACUGAAUCGCUUUCGGCAACUACAAUCAUUGUCCUUAUCUGGGUGCAUGGAUCUACCUGAUUCAGCCUUGAGUCAGCUGCAAAAUUAUGGCUCAAAGCUGCAGAGUCUCUAUUUAGAUUGCUGUUUUAAAAUCACCAAUAAUGGACUCUCCUCGGUUGCUACUGGCUGCCCUUUGUUGACAUCUAUCAGUCUUUACAGGUGCAAUGUUAGUGACAUUGGCCUAGAGACUUUGGCAAACUCUUGCUUAGAUUUAAAAGAUGUGAAUCUCUCAUAUUGUUCACUUAUAUCUGAUCAUGGAAUAAGUGCUCUUUCACAAAAAUGUCGUCAGCUUCAAGCAGUCCGGAUAUCUUACUGUCGGAGCAUAAGCGGUGUUGGCUUUAAAGGCUGCUCACAAGCGUUGGCUUACUUAGAAGCUGAUUCCUGUAAGCUUGAACCAGAAGGGGUUUCGGGAAUUGUUAGUGGAGGUGGGCUCGAGUAUCUGAAUGUUUCUAGCCUAAGCUGGGUCAAUGGUGGUGGUUUGAGAGCAAUCGGGGCUGGGUUAGGCACAAGGUUAAAAAUCCUUAAUUUUCGUAUUUGCAGAACCAUUGGAGAUGAGUCUAUUGUGGCAAUUGCUAAGGGGUGUCCAUUACUUGAAGAGUGGAACUUAGCAGUAUGUCACGAGGUUAGGAUAUUAGGGUGGGAAGCAAUUGGGUUUUAUUGCUGUAAUUUGGCGAGACUUCAUGUGAAUCGGUGUCGGAACUUAAGUGAUCGUGGGUUGCAGGCUCUGAGAGAUGGCUGCAGAAAGCUCUCAAUUUUGUACAUUAGUCAGUGUCAUGAAAUCACUUCUACAGCAAUGGAAUUGUUCAAGUUUUUAAGAGCUGAUGUGGAGAUCAAAGAAGAAGAAGUGAUGUGUAUUGCGCCUGUCUGGGCCUUUCAAAGAUUUAGGUAAAACAAUCAAUUUGACAGACGAAGAUGAUAGAAAAAAAAAAAAACUCAAUGCAAACUAAUGCUUCAACUUACGUAAAGCUCGAACCUAGCUGAAGAUGUAUGUAUCAGCAGAAGGGUCUCAACUUCUCAAGUGACUGGUAAGAUUUUAUUUAUUUCGAAGUUAUAUUGAUACAUUGUUAAACAUCCCAUUGUUUGUAGCUUGGGUACAUAUUCUUAUAUCAAUAGUAAUUAACCUGUUUAUCGCUAAA